UGCGCCGGCUGCUUCCCAGCCAGACUGAAAGGGCUCGGGUAGCUGGCCUGGUCGGCCCUUAAAGCGCCCACUGGACGGCCUGGCCCCAACUCCCUUCGCCCAGCCGCGCAGAGGGAGCUGCUUGUGGCUCUCGUCGGCCUCCCAGGUUUGCUUUCCUUCUUUUCCCGAAGGUGGGCCUUUAGGUUCACCGCCCCGGAGCCCGCGGCCGCCGGGAAGCCCAAAUCCGAGUGUCCGGAGAGUAACCGGAAGUGCUGUCCCUGGCGGAGGGGCGGCGUCGGCAGCCGCCGGGGAGAGGAAAGAAUUGAGUGUUGUGAAUAGUUAUGGACUAGAGACCUUUUGGAGGCAGAAACAAGACAGUCUUGAGUCUUUGUUGUUAUGGGUUGGCAAUACCAAGUAAGGAAUUAGUGUAUAUGAUGCUGGAAACUUGUGGGGAGGAACUGCUCAAGACUGAAAGGCCUGAAACAGAUGUAUAUGUCAAGUUCCUAUCAAGAAAAUUACUGUGAAGAAAAUGACGGGUCAGGAAGACCAGUGGAAAACUCCCUAGGAGAGAGCCAUAGAAAAUGUACACUUCAGAAGAGAGAUCUACUCAGAGAACUCAAAAAAGGAAAAUAUAUCAUGUUUGCCCUCAGAAGGGUAAAAAGAUUUUUAUUCGUGUGCAUGAGAUUACUCAAAUAGAUGAUCAGAUAUACCAGUGCCUUGAACGUGAGCAAAACUUCUGUGAAAACUUAGCUCUUAUUAUGUGUGAGAGAACCCACACUGGAGAGAAACCUUAUAGAUGUGAUAUGUGUGAUAAAACCUUCCUCCAAAGCUCAGAUCUUGUUUCCCACCAGAGGAUCCACAGUUACGAGAAACCUUAUAAAUGUAGCAAGUGUGAGAAGAGCUUUUGGCACCACUUAGCCCUUUCGGGACACCAGAGAACACAUGCAGGUAAAAAAUUCUAUACGUGUGAUAUUUGUGGCAAGAAUUUUGGUCAGAGCUCUGACCUGCUUGUCCACCAGCGAAGCCAUACAGGCGAGAAACCGUAUCUUUGUAGUGAGUGUGAUAAAUGCUUCAGCCGAAGUACAAACCUCAUAAGGCACCGAAGAACUCACACAGGUGAGAAACCAUUUAAGUGUCUGGAGUGUGAAAAAGCCUUCAGUGGGAAAUCAGAUCUUAUUAGCCACCAGAGAACUCAUACUGGUGAAAGGCCCUACAAAUGUAAUAAGUGUGAGAAAAGUUACCGACACCGUUCAGCCUUCAUUGUUCAUAAAAGAGUUCACACUGGGGAGAAGCCCUACAAGUGUGGUGCCUGUGAGAAAUGCUUUGGCCAGAAAUCAGACCUUAUCGUUCACCAGAGAGUCCACACAGGUGAGAAGCCGUAUAAAUGCUUGGAAUGUAUGAGAAGUUUUACUCGGAGUGCCAACCUAAUCAGGCACCAGGCCACUCACACGCACACUUUUAAAUGCCUUGAAUAUGAGAAGAGUUUCAACUGCAGUUCAGACCUUAUUGUGCAUCAAAGAAUUCACAUGGAAGAGAAGCCACAUCAGUGGUCUACCUGUGAGAGUGGCUUCCUCCUAGGCAUGGACUUUGUGGCCCAACAGAAAAUGAGAACUCAGACAGAGGAGCUACACUAUAAAUACAGUGUGUGUGAUAAAAGCUUCCACCAGAGCUCAGCCCUUCUACAACAUCAGACAAUCCACAUUGGUGAAAAACCAUAUAUCUGUAACGUGGGUGAAAAAAAUCUUGAGCUCAGCCCUCCCCCUGUAUCAGAAGCCUCACAAAUGUCUUCUUGACCAGACAAGAAGCUAUAAUACCAUAAAAAAAAAUGUAUUUACAACGUCAGAGAACUCAUUAGGAUGAAGAACUCUAGGCAAAUCUCAGACUUUCCUCAGAGCUCAGACUUCAGUGGGGACCAGAGAAUCUGCAGUUGUAGGAAGUUGAGAAACAGUUUGUCCAGAGAGCUGUCCUUAAAGAACCUUAUCAGUCACUCCAGUGAGAAACCUGACAAAUGCCCUGAGUUUUGAAAAACCUUUAGUCCAAGCUCAUGUCUGAUCACCCUCAAGAGGAUUCAUAAGGUUGGGAAACCUUAUCAAUUUGGUGAGUGUGAGAAAGCUUUCUAGCAAUACUCACCUCCUCAGUCCAAGAGAAUUCACAUCGGAGGACAACAUAUUAAAUGCCCUGUGUCAACAGUGCUUCAGACAGUAUGCAUAUCUGAUUGGACAUCAGAAAGCUCCACUGGGGAGAAACCCCAGCAAGUGUAAAAAAAAAAAAAAAGCUUCUAACAGAACUAUGACUUUCUUACCCAUCAGAGAAGCCAUACUGCUGAAUAUUUGCAUAUUUGUCUUAAAUAUGGCAAAAGCAUUAGUUGGAGAGCCUUCUUGGGUUUGCACUAAAAAAACCCAAUCUGAGGAAAGACCGUACGAAUUCUCUGAAUGAGAAAAGCUUCAGUGUCAAUGAUCUGCUCUUGUGGUACAGCAGGGAAUUCACAUAAGUGAAAAAUCCUAUAAAUACUUUGAGUCUGAAUAAAAGCCUUGCAAGAAACCCUUACCUUAUUAGGCCCCAAAGAACCUGCUCUGCAGAGAAUUUUGUUCUAGUAAGAGAUCUAACUGGACUGUGUACAUUUAAUAGUAUGAGAAGAACUGUUCUCAUAGUUAGUUGACCCCUAUAGUAGAGAUGAGUUUUAAUGGAGUCAAAAUGUAAACUUUUCUUUUUUUUCUUUGAGAUACCCAGAAACUUGUUCUGGGAGGAACUGGGGCAGGUCAGAGUAGGCCUGAUGGGUAACUCAGGUAAAGAUGCUUUUCUUUUAUCUGAACCACUUAAUGAUUGCUUUACUUUCCAUUUUUAAAAUUUGGAAAUCCAAUAAAGGAAAGGACUGUAACCUUGUGAUAGAA